CGGCGGCGGCUCUGCCCAUCGCCAGGGCGGCGGCCGCCCAGCCGGAGCCCGCCGAGACCCGCGCGGCCCGCUCCGCUGCCGUCCCCCCCCAUGCGCGGGGGUCGCUCCGCUGGGUCCUUGGCCUUGGCGGUGGCGGAGGAAAAGGAGGCGGCGCUGGACGGGCGGCUCCGGGCUCCAGCGCGGAUGGAAGGUUCCCGGGUGGAUGUUUGCUGAGCGGAGGCUGUGCAGUAGGCAGGGCCGGUGUGUCGGCCGGUGUUUCUGAUUUGUGUGUGUGUGUGUAUUGUUGUGCGGCGCACGGGCAGAUCUGGCGUGUGCGGGUGCCUGGGUUCGCGGCUCUGCCUGCUCUGCAAAGAUUGAUCCGGGAUUAUGGUCUAGGGGAAGAGAGGAGGCUCGUGCUUACCCCACGGAUUGGUUAUGCUCGGGUUUUGAUUGCAUUCGGGGGGUUCUGCGGCCGCAGACACCACCCUCUACCCGGCAGCCCCCCUCGCUUGUUUUCCGUUAGAAACACGGGCAAGAAAAUAAAUGUAUUCACUGGGUGUCGCAAGAGCAAAGGCUAAAUAAUCAAAGGUAACAGCCGCAAGGCGAAGAGACCCGCACUGUAUCUUGCUCCCCCACUCUCAGACCUGCCUUCCUAUUUAUUGGCGAGCUCUCCCUCCCUUUCGGUGCGAGUGUGUUGUGCGAGUGUUUGAUCCCGGGAAAAGUGCAGCCAUCCAGCCAUGGUGGUUUUCAAUGGCUUGCUGAAAAUCAAGAUCUGCGAGGCGGUUAAUCUGAAACCCACAGCGUGGUCUUUGAGGCAUGCAGUGGGUCCCAGGCCACAGACAUUUUUGCUGGACCCUUACAUAGCCCUCAAUGUGGACGACUCCAGGAUCGGGCAGACCUCAACCAAGCAAAAGACCAAUAGUCCUGCUUGGAAUGAUGAAUUUGUCACUGACGUUUGUAAUGGCAGGAAGAUAGAGAUGGCUGUUUUCCAUGAUGCCCCCAUCGGGUACGACGAUUUUGUGGCUAACUGCACUAUACAGUUUGAGGACUUGCUGCAGAACGGGAGCCGCCACUUUGAGGACUGGAUUGACCUGGAGCCAGAAGGCAGAGUGUAUGUCAUCAUAGACCUCUCAGGAUCGUCAGGUGAAGCACCCAAAGACAAUGAAGAACGUGUGUUCCGGGAGCGCAUGCGGCCCAGGAAGCGGCAGGGUGCUGUGCGGCGCAGAGUGCAUCAGGUUAAUGGGCACAAGUUUAUGGCCACUUACCUUAGACAACCAACAUAUUGCUCGCACUGCAGAGAUUUUAUAUGGGGUGUAAUAGGAAAACAGGGAUAUCAAUGUCAAGUUUGCACUUGUGUAGUCCACAAGAGAUGCCAUGAACUUAUAAUAACGAAAUGUGCUGGCUUAAAAAAACAGGAAACUCAUGAUGAGCAAGUGGGAUCCCAGCGUUUCAGUGUCAACAUGCCUCAUAAGUUCAGCAUUCACAAUUACAAAGUGCCCACCUUCUGUGACCACUGUGGUUCAUUGCUCUGGGGUCUUUUGAGACAAGGUUUACAAUGCAAAGUUUGCAAGAUGAAUGUACAUCGACGCUGUGAAACAAAUGUGGCACCAAACUGUGGAGUGGAUGCUAGAGGCAUAGCUAAAGUUCUUGCAGAUCUUGGAGUCACUCCAGAUAAAAUCACUAAUAGUGGUCAGAGGAGGAAAAAGCUAAUUGCAGGUGCAGAGACUCAACAACCAGUUCCUGGAAGCACUUCAUCAGAAGAAGAUCGGUCAAAAUCAGCACCAACUUCACCGUGUGAUCAAGAAAUCAAAGAGCUGGAAAACAACAUUAGGAAAGCAUUAUCAUUUGAUAAUCGGGGAGAGGAACACAGAGCAACUGCUACGACAUCGACUGACAACCAGCUUAAUAAACCUGGGGAGAAUGGUGAAAAUGGAGAGGUCAAACAGGCCCAGAGCAAGCGAAUAGGCCUGGAAGAGUUCAACUUCAUAAAAGUAUUAGGAAAAGGCAGCUUUGGCAAGGUAAUGUUAGCUGAGCUGAAAGGAAAAGAUGAAGUAUAUGCAGUGAAAGUCUUGAAGAAAGAUGUCAUACUUCAGGAUGAUGAUGUAGAUUGUACAAUGACAGAGAAGAGAAUUCUGGCAUUAGCACGGAAGCACCCAUACCUAACACAACUUUACUGCUGCUUCCAGACGAAGGACCGCCUCUUUUUCGUCAUGGAGUAUGUAAAUGGAGGAGACUUAAUGUUUCAAAUCCAGCGCUCACGUAAAUUUGAUGAGCCUCGGUCCCGCUUCUAUGCAGCAGAGGUCACAUCAGCACUCAUGUUUCUUCACCAACACGGCGUCAUCUACAGAGACCUGAAACUGGACAAUAUUCUUCUGGAUGCAGAAGGUCACUGUAAACUGGCUGACUUUGGAAUGUGCAAAGAAGGGAUUCUAAAUGGAGUGACCACCACAACCUUUUGUGGCACACCUGACUAUAUAGCUCCAGAGAUCCUGCAGGAAUUAGAAUAUGGCCCAUCAGUAGACUGGUGGGCUCUGGGUGUCCUCAUGUAUGAAAUGAUGGCUGGGCAACCCCCCUUCGAAGCCGACAAUGAAGAUGACCUCUUUGAAUCCAUUCUUCACGAUGAUGUCUUAUAUCCAGUCUGGCUCAGUAAAGAAGCUGUCAGCAUUUUAAAAGCUUUCAUGACCAAAAACCCAAAUAAAAGACUUGGCUGUGUAGCGUCGCAGAACGGCGAAGAUGCAAUUAAGCAGCAUCCAUUUUUCAAGGAGAUCGACUGGGUUCUUCUGGAGCAAAGGAAAAUCAAGCCACCCUUCAAACCUCGGAUUAAAACCAAAAGGGAUGUAAAUAACUUUGAUCAAGACUUUACACGAGAAGAACCAGUAUUAACGCUAGUGGAUGAGGCAAUUAUAAAACAAAUCAAUCAAGAAGAAUUUAAAGGCUUCUCUUAUUUUGGAGAAGAGCUACUGCCCUAGGCAACAUUAGGCUGGGAGAUGAAAGAUGCUGCAAGAAGUGAUUCCGAAGAGAUCAUCACGUUACUGAGACUCAGUAGAUCAAGAACUACUUCUCUUACCCUGAGCCCAUAUCCCAAAUUAGAGUAUAUAUUUAUUUUGGUUUUUUCCCUUUGUCUUCUAACCUGAAAGCACUCUUCAUUUCUGUCUCAAAAAGCGAUGCAAAAUGAUUUUGUGUCAGAAAUUGUAACACACUGCCAUCUGUGUUCAACUCUUCUUUUAUUCCUAAGGUCUCCUCAGAGGACAAGAUUGCAUCUUUUCCGUGGAAAAAUGAAGCUGUGUUAUUAAAAGUGAUUUAGCACAUCACAAUCUGUAAUCAUCAUAUUUAAGCUAAGAAGGUCCGAACUGUUUCUUCUGCACUGAUGGUUAUGGUGAGAUGUGAAGCAUUUGCAUCCAUACCAUUGCUCUUUGGUAAGCAAAGAAGUCUGCCUUGGUGGAGGUUUCAUUCUCAAGUUUUAAUUUAUGCCUUGGUGGAGGUCUCAUUCUCAAGUUUUAAUUUAUUGUGGUGAGGUGUAAACUUAAAGCUGUCUGGGAAAAGAAACACAUCAAUUAAGACUUUCAAUCCACUUCCUUGGAUUACAGAAAGCCUUUAGGAAUUAGAAGAGUCACAAAGAUAAGUGAGAUGUUAUUUCAACCAAGAAAUAGACAGUACAUGGAUAGUUAUUAAAGGGCUAAUGAAUAAAAAGCCUAUAGUACUUUAACAUAGCUGUGUAUAGGCAUUUUACAGUUUUUCAGGCAAUUGGGUGUACUAUCCAUGUUACCAAAUUUAACAUCCAUUUCAAUAAACCAUUAAUGUGAUGGCAAGCUUGUAGAUGUUUACAGUUAAUUUGAGGUGAAGAAAUUAAUUGUAAACAUUACAAAUUUGCCUUUUCCAUUGUAGCUAAGUUGAUAGGUGGUUUCUUAUUUAUAUUUAUUUUCUCAAGGGUGUGUUACUUUUGCACACUUCUACAGAACCUUAAUACUACUGUGUUCGUUGGGGGGGGGUGUCUUUUUGUUUUAAAUCUGAAGAGAAAUCUGCUUUUACAAGACACAAAAUAAGGCUACACGUGCAUUAUAUGGAAGUGUGUAAAAAAAUAAAGAUGAAGCAUUCACAAACUGACAUCAUUGAAUUGUAAAUUGAAAUAUUUGUGUGUGUGCGUGUGCGUGUGUAUGAAUUGAAAUGGUAACUCAUGUGGACAAUAUUACUGAUGUGAAGUUACCUCUUGUAGAUAUGCUAACAGUGUUAUGUACUUAUAUUUCCAGGAGCACCCUGUGGUUUGUUUUGGGAUUUAUGUUUUCUUUUCCCCUUUUGUGUACAUGUAUUGCUGAGUUCAUUUUAUGAUGUAUUUUACUGGACUGAGUGGGCGGUCAUUGGAAUCCAUUUUAAUUGUUACACGUGGAUCUCCAGCUGCACAAAAGAAAUAUAUAUACUUGUGAUUGGCAAAGUGGCACUAAAAAAAAAAAGCUUUUUUGCCUUUUGUACAGGUGAGAUUUUGUAUAUAGUGUUUGCUGCAAGGCCUGUGGAAUUCAUUGAAUAUAGAGGUAUCAACUGCUGCAUGUUCAGGCAUACUAUUAAAAUGUUAGUCUAUGAAAGAAUAAUUAUAAUAAUGUCCAUGUGCAAUACUCUUGUAUGUGUAUUGGUUGAAGUUACUGUCAGAGAGAUGAGGUUUUUGUUAUAAAAGUUGUAGACAUAUAUUAAGCUAUACUAAAUCUCUUGUAUAGUUCUCUUCAACUCUAUUAUGACACGAUAGAGCUCGGAAAGAGAAAGGGAUGUUACAAAUCGUAGUGGGCAAAGUGUGAGUCCUUGGCUUGAAGAGAUAAUCUCGGUCUUGAGCAGAUGAGUUUGUGUCAGUUUUGCGUCUGGCUGCUCACAGCCUGUGACUGACGACAGCAUUCAGUUCCAUUUUGUUUUGUUUUUUAAAACUCAGGUGUAAUUAUUAUAUAUAUUCUUAUGAUGAUUUCAAAAUAUUAAAUAUUAUGAUCUAUCAGUUAAUGUGUUGUCUGGCCUGCAGUUGUAAUAAUGGAUCAAGCCUUUAGUUUAAUUUAAUUUAUCUUCAGCAGUGUUUUGUACUGGGAAAAGACUAGCUUCUGGAGAUGGGCACCAGCACAGAAACAUGUAAUGAUUGCAUCAUCUCAAGGUUUAAAUUUCUUUCUCCUUUAGAAAUAUACUGUAGAACUGCCCAUCGAUUUGUGUCUCGCCACUGUCUCUGUUUCUUUCUCAUCACGGUUAGCUUUUGACAUCCAGGCAAGAACUGAUCACAAUGCUAAGGUGUUCUUUUCCGUAGGUGAGUAGGCUGGCUAGGAGGAGUUAUCGAUAGUGCACUACUGUUUGUACAAGAGGCCUUUACACAAAGCUCUGAGCGUUUAUUUUGAAGGAAGAAAAGCACCCCACAAAGCCUUUGUAAGCAAGCUGCGUGGCCUCUAGCCCCAUUUCUAUCAUGAAGGUAAUUAGCAAACGUUUGUAUUCUAAGAGGCCUCAGCACCUGCACUGUUUGUUAGAAUGCUAAAAGAAAAGUGAGGGAGAUUAAAAAAAACAUUUGCAUGGGCAGGUAUUUCUCCAAUAUAAAUUGUUAGAUGCUCUGCAUUGGGUUUACACCAGAAGGUUUGUCUGUUACCUUGAACAUUUUUUUAAGGACAGUUCUUAAAAAUGGACAUUCUGUUACGUUUCUGCCUGUUCUGUAAAAUCUUUUCCUGUUCCUUCUUUGUAAAACGAGUGCAAAAAUGCCAAAAAAAAAAAUAUGGUUAUUAAUCAUUAUUAUAAAGAUUCCUUUGUUUCUUGGUUUUCUCCUCCCAGAUAAACUUUGCUAAAAAAAAAAAAACCAAACAGAAACACAUUUUUCUCCAUAAUAAUUAUCUCCAAGACAUGCUUACAAAUUACCUCUCUUUAAAUUAUGUGCAGAAUAGUUCUGGCUAGAUAGCAAAUGCAUUCGGUUUGGGGGGGUAGGGUUGGGGGUUUGGGGUUUUUUUUGGUUUGGUUUGUUUUGUUUUUUUUUUAUUGUGAGGAUUUAUUUGUACAGAAUUUUUUUCUCAUGGAUGUAAUUUCAAUCUCUUGCCAUUCAUUAGUGUUAUUUCAUCGUAAACAUUAUUACUGUGCCAAAUGUACUGUAUUCAAAAGGAUGUGAAUGUGUAUUGUUUCAGAACCUAAUAAAUACAAUGAUGAUAAA